AUGGUGGCAGCUUCAGCAUUGGUGCUUUUAAGCACUUUAUCUACUUCGGUGCUUGCGGCGGAAGCUUCAAGACCGAGGGGUGUUGGGCCUGAGUUCGCGAAAUUCUAUAAAUCAACGGACAAAUUCACCUGUCUUUCAAACCCCUCCAUUUCAAUCGAUAUCUCCAAAGUAAAUGACGAUUACUGCGAUUGUCCAGAUGGAAGUGAUGAGCCAGGCACAAGUGCUUGUACAUAUCUUUCCAAUCUCUCACCCCCUCAACCAUUGCAGAUUACGACGGGUUCGAUCCCUCAUAAUACGAGUUUAGCCUUGCCGGGAUAUUACUGCAAGAAUAAGGGUCAUAUACCGGCAUAUGUGCCAUUCACAUAUGUAAAUGAUGGAGUGUGCGAUCAUGAGUUGUGUUGUGAUGGGAGUGAUGAGUGGGAGGGUGUUGGAGGAAUAGAAUGUGCGGAUAAGUGUGCGGAAAUUGGAAAGGAAUGGAGAAGGUUGGAUGAGAUUAGGACGAAAGCUUAUGUGAAAGCGAAUAAGAAGAGGGAUGAAUUGAUCAAGGAAGCGCAGACUUUGAGAGCGGGUGUGCAGAUGAGUAUUGGGAGGAUGGAGUUGGAGAUUACUCAAUUGGAGAAGAAGGAGCAGGAGCUGAAAGAAAAGUUUGAGGAAGUUGAGAGGAGUGAGAGAGGAAAGGUGGUGAAGACUUCGGAGGGGAAGACUAGUAAGGUUUCGAUUUUGGCAUUGAUGGCUAAGAAUAGAGUUGGGGAGUUGAGAGAUACAUUGACGGGUGUUCAGGCGAAGAAGGUAGUUUUACAGAAUAAGGUCAAGGAAUUGGAGGGGAUCUUAUCGAGAUUCAAGGAGGAACGUAAUCCUAACUUUAACGAUGAGGGUGUUAAGAGGGCAGUUCAAGCCUGGGAGGAUUAUGCUGCUACGAAGGAUGCUAGUGAGGCAGAUGAUACUACAAGUGAAGAUGCCGCUGUGGAGGAAACGGCUAAGGCUGAGAAUGAUGGGAUUGAGUGGGAGACAUGGGAGAAUGAUGAGGAGGAUAGUGAUGUUGAUGCUCUCUACAAAUUUGAAGAAUAUCUCCCUGAAUCUAUUCGUGCCUGGGUCCACCAAAAGGUCACUGAUCUCCGCAUCAUCCUCAUUGAAAAUGGAAUUCUGGCCGACAACUCCAAAGCCGGAUCCGAGUCCAAGGCCGUACAAGAUGCUAAAAAUGCUUAUCAAACUGUUAGCGAUGAUGUUGGUAUUAAGCAAAAAACCCUCUCUGAUCUCAAAUCAGACCUCGAGAAAGAUUAUGGCGUGGAUGAUAUAUUCCGCGCACUCAAAGGGACCUGCGUAACCAAAGAUUCCGGCGAAUAUGACUAUGAACUCUGCUGGAUGGAUAAAACUUCGCAGAAAUCCAAGAAAGGUGGCGGAAACACAGGCAUGGGCAAUUUCGUCCGUUUUGAUCAAUUAGAAGUCGAUGAAGAAGUGGACGCCGAGGGAAAGGGUCUGGGUAAGGGUAUCAAGACUACGCUGGUCUAUGAAAAUGGUCAACAUUGUUGGAAUGGUCCAAAUAGGGCUACGACGGUGGUACUGGCUUGUGCGGAGAAAGAUGAGAUUUGGAAGGUGGUGGAGAUGGAGAAAUGUAAUUAUAGGAUGGAUGUGGGGACUCCGGCGGUUUGUGAGAGGGUUGUCAAGGGAGGGGCAAAGAAGGAUGGUAAGGAUGAGUUGUAG